AAUCACACACAACUCUUCUGUUCAAUCUCGCCGUUUCAAUUUCAAUUCCCACUUCCACUCCCCAUUUCCUAUGCCAACCAUCAAAUCUCAUCCUUUCUCCUUCCCCCCUUACCCUUUUCUGUUCUUCUCAUCAACAUUUCUCUCUCUAACCCAUCUUCCAUUUCCAUUUUCUCUCUCUAAAGUCUAACCCAUCUUCCAUUUCCAUCAUUUUUUAACAUCAACCCAUUUCUUAACAUCAACCUAUUUCCUCAUCUUCCUCCUCCUCCAAUCAAAUCUGAUUAAUUGAAGAGAGAAAAAAAAGAAAAGAAAAGAAUAUGACCGUGAAGGGCGGCACCAGUCAGGCUUGUGCAGCAUGCAAGUACCAAAGAAGGAAGUGCGCGGCGGAUUGUGCUCUUGCACCAUACUUCCCACCAGACAAGCCUAAGAUGUUCCAAAAUGCUCAUAGACUCUUUGGUGUAAGCAACAUUCUCAAGAUAUUGAAACAACUUAGCCCACAUCAGAAGAAUGAUGCAAUGGGUUCAAUCAUCUAUCAAGCUUAUAUACGUGAGAAGUUCCCUGUUCAUGGUUGUUAUGGUUUCAUUUGUCAACUCAGGUUCCAGAUUGAACAGCUUCAACAAGAACUCUUAGCAGUUCAAACCCAACUUGCUUUAUAUCGACAACAUCAUCAGAAUCAAUUUUCUCCAACAAAUAAUUCUUCUCCUUCUUCACAAUUACAAUUAGGAAUGGCUACCUCUCCUUCACCUAACAAUGCUCUUCCUCUGUUUCACUAUGAUCAGACCUUUAAUGGUUUUCCUACAAUUGGAAACAAUGGUGUUAAUAAUGUCAAUGCUUAUAACACAGCUGUUUAUUUAGAUUCAAAGGAUAAUAUAGUGAACCCUUCUUUGUGGAUUCAAAAUCAGAAUCCAAGUCAAUCUCCAUUGCUCAUCUCACAAGCUCUUCCUAUCCAACAAGAAGAAGCUCCAAGAGAUUAUGAUGAAAUCCCUCCAUUUUUUGAUACUAUUGAUGAUAGGCAAUCUUAUAUUGAUUCCAAAGAGGCCUAUGAUUCCAGCAGCUCAGAGGAUUCAUUGAAGGAUACGACACAAUCGAUCGAGCAAGUUCAGGAAAAUGAAUUGAAGAGUGCUGCAGCUGCAUGCUUCAAUUUCACCACUGCUGUCAACUAAUUGAAAAGAGCAACCAGAUCAGUACCAGAGUUGGUAGAAAGAUUGUCAAGAGUGAUUUCCUCCAAAUUUAAAUGUGAUGAUUUGCUCUUUUCUUUCUUUUCUGAAUUAGUUUCCCCAUCUCUUUGAUCAUUCAUUUUUAGAUGAUAUAUAUAUAUUAUAUAUAUCCCAAU